CAUCAUCAUCAUCAUCUUCCACUACUACUCUAGAAGAUCAGAGCCGUCCAUUACCCAUCUCCACCACCACCGCCUCAUCAAAUCUCAUCAAAAACUUCAACUCUCUCCUCGAUUCCACCUCCACCUCCCUCACCCACUUCUCCGACGACCUCUCUCUGUCCUCCGCUGCCGCCGCCACUCCCGACUUCGCCGCCGUCUUCGCCUCCCAACGCUUCUUCUUCUCCUCCCCCGGCCUCUCCAACUCCAUCGUCGACUCAUCAUCAUCUUCCUCCUCCUCCUCGUCAUCCUCGUCGGUCAAGCUGCCGGAAUCUGAAGUCAUCGUCGGCGGCGGAGUUGCGAUUCCGACGAUUUCGCCGAACCCAUUCAAUGAUUUCCGGCGAUCGAUGCAGGAGAUGGUGGAGGCACGUGACUUGGUUGAUGUUACGGCCAACUGGGACUACUUGCACGAGCUUCUGAUGUGCUAUCUUGCGCUGAACCCAAAGAGCACCCACAAGUUCAUCGUCGGAGCUUUCGCCGACCUCCUCGUUUCUCUCAUGACAUCGCCGCCGUCCAAGAGUGCCGCUAGUUUGGAAUCUGAGUUUUCCGGCGGUGGUUGUAGCAUUUCACGGCGGUGCAUGUAAUGUAUAAUAAUAAUAAUAAUAAUAAUAAUAAUAAUAAUGUAAUUAAUGCAUUGUUGCCUUAGUCUAUAUAGUUUUCUUUUAGUUCAUAAUUUAUGGAUAUUAAAUUGAAUGUAGUAAUAUAUAGAGAGGGAAAUUAUUAGAUAUUACUCUCAAUAAAUAAAAACUACAAUAUAUGUCAGCUUUUAGUCAUA